GUCAGCGCUGGGUAUGCUGGGAGUUGUAGUACCUCCCGAACUGUCAGAAACACGAUUCUGGAAAAGGAGCGGAGGAAGUCAAAAGGAAUCGCUUCCCUUCUGCCCUAGAAGUAUUUCUCAGGAGAAAUAGGGACACAGAGGCAGGAGGAACAUCAAGCAAAUCCAAUGUGGCUGCACCUGCACCUGCCUGUCUGACUUAUCAGUUACAAGGCAAUGCUAUGAGAUACCAUCUUCCACUGAAAGAAUUAUUGCCAAGUGUAGAAGUGAAUGAGGGAUACCUGUCCAGCUGGCCUGGGCAUGUAGGUGGAGAGAUUGUUCAACAUAAACAAAAGUUUCAGCCGUCAAAAGUUGACAAACAGCAUGGAUUUGAUGCUGCAUAUGCAAGCAAUGCUCCAAAACCUCGAUUCUUGGAAAAGCUGGAAGACCACCUGAGAAAAGAGCUUCAGGUUUUGGACCCAAAUGUGCCCAAUGCUCAGGAAGUUAAUCUACAAGCUUACCGUGAAGUGUUUGAAUAUUUCAUUGAGGAUUUAAAAACCUACAAGCCAUUGCUGUCUGCCAUCAAGAAUGAAUAUGAAAUUGCCCUAGCUCGGCAGCGAAAUCGAAUCCGUGAGUUGGAGCCAUUGCAAAGCAUGCUUGUAACCACAACAGAGAACUGUGAACAGAGGAUUCUUGCCCUGCGUGAAGAAGAGAAAAUUGAGAUCCAAUCACUGAGGUGUGAAAGAACACAGCUACUUGAAAAAAUUGAUAAUUUAAUUGAGGUGCAGGAUUCCCUCAAGAUCCAGGUUAGUAAGCUUCAGGAAGACUGGCAGCUGAGUAUGAACGAUAUCGGAGAACAAAAUGAUGCACGCAAGCUUCUAAUUUCUGAUAUGAAUAAUCUGCGUCUUCAACAAGAAGAGUCAGACGAUUCUCAGACAAAAGAAGCUGAUGCAGUUGAGGACAGUGUAAAACUGAAGCUGGCAUUGAAGGUGGCUCGCGAAGACCUAAAGGCAUUACAAGUGACAUUAAAUGCAAUGAAGGCAGAGUAUGGAGAUGUGAUUCCAAGAAGGGAUUUUGAAACUUUAGAUAAAAGCUAUAAUGAACUAACUGAGAAGUAUGAAAAUCUGCAGAAGCAUUUCGCUCAGCUGAAACUGGAACACAAUACCCUGUUGGAUGUUAACAAGCAUAUCACUCUUCAGCGAGACCAACUCAGUGCAGAGGUUGAACUACUGAAAACUAAAAUGGCAGGUGGUCAGAUGGCAGAUAAUCUAGAUGAAACAAAGGAGGAAUACUUUGAAGGACUGGGUACUGGAGAAGAUGUUAUUCUGUUUCUGCGCCACAAUGGUCUAGUCAAGAAUGUGAAUUUGAGCAAGAAGGAUAUAGCCAGUGUGCUGAAGGAAAUCUGGGAGCAAAAGAUUGCAGAUGAUCUUCAGAGUGGAUCAAGGUCCAAUCUUCCUGAGUUUUUCCAUAAUUUUCUCCAGAAGUAUGGAGACUCUGCCACACUCUGGGCUUACAACAUUUACUACGGCUGCAGGAACCAUCAGACAGAUGAAUUCAUCAAUCUGUUUUUCCGCAUUAUCAAUGGAAUUGUUGAUGAAAGUGUAUACCACGGGCAGAUGCAACUUAUUUCACACCUGUUGAAUGAAUUGACAAAUCGUGACACAGCUAGAAAAGGCAUCCUUUCCAAACAGGAUUUCAGUCAAGCCCUGAAGUCAGCCCUUCCCAAUAAGAGUGAAAAAUAUAUCAACGAGCUUAUCACUGCUGCAACAACCCAGCUUGGAGAUAGCAAGAAAAUUAAUUACACAGCCUUAUUUAAAGAGAAUGAAGAUGGCACAGCAGGAGUGUUUAUUACAUUGCUACAAAGCCAGUAUGCAGCAGAGAAAAUUAAGUAUCUCGAUGAACUGAGAAAUGCAUUGGAAGAUACAGAGGAGCUGACUGUAGCUGACCUAAGAACAGCUUUUCAGAAAAUUGACCCUUCUAUGGAUCCACAAACGCUUACUACAUAUUUAAUUCAAGGUUUCCAAACUACAAGUGAACUGCUUGAUCAGGCUUCUGCGGUAGACAUUGACACUGUUUUAGACCGACUACAAGCAAAUGAUGUGAAGAGGAUAGGACCACAGAAGUAGCACAGACAUUUCA